GGAGGAGGAGGAGCCUGGGACCUGGCUGCUACGACCCCGAGGUCGGUUCUCGCGGCGUCUUCGCGGCCAGCCCGGGGCGGCCACGGGCGGCCACGGGGCGAAAACCCCGCGGGCCCCGCCAGCGCAGGGGCGGCGAUGCGGCGACGGACGGCCACCGGGGCCGGAGCCAAGAAGCUCAGGCACCUCCGAGAGCUGCCACGGAGGUCGAACCCUUGCCAGGCUUCCUGUCCCCAUUGCAGACCCGACAGCAGGAACACGACAGCCACGCGCAUCCCCUCGACCAGCCGGAGACCAUGCAGCGCCAUCUCUUCAGGUACCUCGAGGCGCGCCAGGGCGGCACCAGGGCCCGAGAGAGGUGCGGUGCCGUCGCCGAGGCUAUCCAGAAGUACGCCGGCGAGGACGUCGACGUCUCCAUCUUCGCGAUGGUCCUUCGGAGCAGACUUCCCGAGCAGCCGUUCCUGAACGUCGACGCUGUCCAGGAGCACGUGGAGGAAAAGCUGGGCGAGCUCCUGAGCCAGGACGCCGGGUGCCAGGCGUCCCUGGACGCGGCGCGGAGGGGCCUCCGGGCGCUCGGGGUGCCCCUGCGGGACUGCCAGGACAUCUCGCAGGACAUGUACGAGGCCCGCGACCACGGGCUCGUGAUGGCCCGGCUCGACCAGGUCGUGCCGGGGCUCGCUGCGGCGAGGGCGGCGGGCGACCAGGCGUUCCGUGUUCCGUUCAAGACGUUCGUGCGGACCCUGAAGCUGGUCUGGGCUCACGCGUACGAGCGCCGCCUGGACGAGUUCGCCAGCGCGUUCGGGAAGCUGGACCGCGACGGCGACGGGCUCCUCGGCAGCGCCGAGAUGCGGGAGCUCGCCGUGAAGAUGGCAGACGUGCGGCGGAGCGCGACAGCUUCCACUGGCAGCGACGACGAGUCACAGGAGGCCGAAGAGGCGGCGGUCGCUGCCCUGCAGCGCGCGCGCGACGAGCUGCUCCCCAGCCUCGAGGGGCGCCCCCGCGCGACGUUCAGCCAGUGCGUGUCGAUGUUCAAGGACAUGAUCGACCUCCGCGGCUCCCUUGGAGAGCUGCAGGCAGACAUCGCGGGCCAGGAUCCGCUCGCGGAGGGGGCCGCGGCGGCCGAGCGGCGGCAGGCCACGGAGCUUGGCGAGGCCGCGCUCGUCGCCGCCGGCGAGGCCGCCGGCGAGGCCCUCGCCCUUCCGCCCUGGAGCGUUCAGCAGCGUCUGGGAGGCGGCGGGGCAGCGCCGUGCGCAGCGUCGGAUCUGCACAGCGUCGACGCGGCGUCGGUGCGCGCCGGUCUGGCGCACGGGCUCCCAGGGGCUGGCACCGAGCAGGCCGAGCAGGGCCGGGCGCGCGGCGGCGCGGCGCCUCCGCGGGCGGCCCGCCCGCCGGGGAGCCCGCCCACGCUGCUGGGGGGAGGCACCUCCGACGAGACGCCGAGCCCCUGCUCCUACGGCGGCGCCUCCCCCGGGAGCCCCGGGUACGCGGCCAAGCACGGGGUCAGGAGCCCAGCAUGGGCCGCCGAGCCUGUCCAGCGAGUCGAUCUGAGCCAACUCAAGAAGAUCAUGCGGUCCACCCGCCGGUCGAAGCAGGACCGCGAGAGGUUCCUCGCCGGGGGCCCCCCGCAGACCAUGGAGUUCCACCUCUACAGGCACCUCGGGGCACACCGAGGCGACCUGGUGAGAGGCGUGCUCGCAGCCAUCAAGGAGCACGCGGGCCACGACGUGGAGGUGAACGUGUUCGGGCGGGUGCUGCAGAACAGGCUGCCCGAGCAGCUGCUGGUCGAGAUCGACGAGGUCGAGAGGCAUGCCGCGGAGCGGCUCGAGGUGCUCCUGCCGCGGCGCCCAGACGAGGCCGACGAGGUCUCCAGCGGCAGGGGCUCCCCCAGCCGUGACGUGCCUCUCGGAUCGUGGCUUGAUGUCGCGCGGGGGAUGUACCGGGAGCAGGACUUCGAGCUGGCCGCGGAAACGCUGGGCCGGGCGGCCCAGGAGGGCGGGGAGCGCCUCGUGCCGUUUGCUCAGGGCGUCCGCGCGCUGCAGGCCGUGUGGUCCCACCGCCGCGAGCGCGAGCUGGAGCGCUUCGUGGCCAUGUUCCACGAGGCCGACGAGGACCAGGACGGCAUCCUCGGCGGCGGCGAGGCCUGGGCGCUGGCGGCGAGGAUGGCGAGCGCGCCGCGGAGGCUGGCCGCGGGUGCGUCGGCGGCCGGGGUCUAUGCGAAGCUGGAGGCCAGCCACCGAGAGCUGCUGCCAGUCCUGAGCGCUCGACCCCCGGCCACGCUCAGCCAGUGCGUCGAGGUGUUCAAGGACCUGAUCGACCUUCACUGCCGCCUGCACGACAUGGAGGCGGUCGAGGUGAGCGCAGCAGCGUCCAAGACGCGGGCCGUGCGCCUCGGCGAGCAGACACGACAGCCGGCCGCUGCGGGAAAGGCUCCGCAGCGAAGCAGCGAGGAGAUUGCAGCAGCCACCAAGAUCCAGGCCGUGCACCGCGGCAAGCAGGCACGCAAGACGGUGGCUGCGGACCGAGCUGCGGAGGGCGGCCAGUCCACGCCAUCCUCGCUCAUGUCGCCCCAGGGGGAUGGCGCCGCGGCCGAGGAGGGCGGCCAGUCCACGCCAUCCUCGCUCAUGUCGCCCCGGGAGGAGGGCGGCGCCGCUGGGGGGCAGGCUCCGCAGCGAACCAGCGAGGAGAUUGCAGCAGCGACCAAGAUCCAGGCCGUGCACCGAGGCAAGCAGGCGCGCAAGGCGGCGGCUGCGGACCGAGCUGCAGAGGCGGCCGAGGAGGCCGGCCAGUCCACGCCAUCCUCGCUCAUGGAGAAGCGAACCAGCGAGGAGAUUGCAGCAGCUACCAAGAUCCAGGCCGUGCACCGCGGCAAGCAGGCGCGCAAGACGGCGGCUGGGGGCCAGGGGUAUGCCUGCAGUAUGGCCUUGAGGUACUGUGAGACCGCGGUGCAGAGCGGAGACCCCAUGGGGCACAGCGUGACUCGAGCUGUCGCGCGGCGCCAGGUGCGCCAAAAGGCUCUGCGCCUGCCGGGAGCCCUGCGGGCUGUGCUGCUGCUGGCCGUGGCCGCCUGCACGCUCGCACCCGCCGCCGGAGCAGGCGGCGAGGAGGCGAAAUGGUGGUGCGACGAAGGGAGCGACGGCAGCGAGGAGUGCCACCUUCAUGAGUACUCCUUCGUGGAAACCUGCAUCCUUAUCGUGCUGGUCUGCAUGGCCCUGCUCUUCGAAGCCGUGCACCACUUCUUCAAGGAGCGCGUGAGCACGAGCUACCACUACGGGCAGCUGCAGACGGGGACGGGGCGCAGACACUUCAACGGCAUCCACACAUCGGCAGGCGCAGGCCAUGUUCCCGGCAGCUCCCGUCACCUCCACGUGGAGUACACUACACCCCUCUGGAAGCAUUGGUUCUCGCGCUUGUGUGCGGAGAUCAUGGUGCUGGGCUACAUCGCUUUCCUCAUAUUCAUCUCCCGAGAGGCUGGAUUAUUCGAUGCACUUAUCACCGCAUUCCCUUCGGAGGCCUCCGCAAUUCACGUGCCUCCGACCUCCGCCGACUGGCUGCACAUGGUGGAGUUAGUACACAUGAAACUGUUCCUUGGCAUGCUGAUCUAUUUCAUGCUUGUCUCCCAGAUUGUGAGUGGCAGCGUGAAGACCAUCCGUGCCUGGGAAGAGAUGCGCAUACUCCGCGUGGCCGGCGCCGCCAGGUCCACGCUGGCGAUGCGCAACGAGAGCAGGCUCCGGGGUUUUGAGAACACCGCGGUCAAAAAGUAUGGCCGGUGGCGGACGUACUUCAUCACGGACGUGCUGACGUGGAGGCGGAAGCGCCCGUCUUUGCACACGGAGGUGCUGCGGGCCCUCGCUCUCGACUCGCUGCCGAGGGUGCCCGUGGGCAGGCUGCACGAGGCCCUGGAAGACAACUUCGCCUUCAGCGCCUACCUUGCCUACUCGGUCUGCUCCUGCACCACGGACACGGUGGAGAUCCACUCCUUCACCUGGUUUGCCGUCAUCCUCGUCCUGCUGACGUUUGCCGCCCUGCACCGGCUCGCGAGCGUCGUCCUGCUGGACGUGGUGCCCAUGUUCAUCGUGGCUGCCUUCCUGGUUCUGGGGGCCCUCUGGCUCCUGGUGCGCUCGUUCCAGGUCCGAGUCGACGCCUCGGGGCGGCUGGCGAUGAGCCUCUCCCGCAGGAACCUGGCCGACGAGGCCGCUCGAGGCUCCUGGGCGCUCCGGGCGAGGAGCGCUGCGGAUGGCAUCGCGGAGCGCAGCGGCGCCCAGGGCACGGCGGACGACGGGGCGGCGCAGGCUAUGCACGAGGACUCCGCGGUCUACACCCUGCGCCUCCUGCAGGUGAUCCUGUUCGUGUGCGCAUACGCCUGCGCCCGGACGCUCGGCGACCCGGCCGACUGGAAGUCGCGUCCCGACCGGGUCGUCGUAGUUUGCUGCGUCUUCGGCAUCGUGUUCCUCUUGUUGGGCAGCAUGCUGCCAGGGCUGGUGCCCACUUUCGCAGCGCUCAUGGCCAUGCCGCCCUACGUCGAUAGGCAGAACGCGGGCCUCUUUCUGGCAGUGCUGGCCGAGCACGGAAGACCUGUCCAUGACCUGGCCAGCCGGAAGGGCGGCCGGGUACCCGCCGGCGGCCCGAUGUUGCAGCACCAGGGCACGGGAGGAGGCUCGAUGGUGCACCACCGCACGUCGGCGAGCCCGGACGCAGUGCCCAGCAUGCAGAGCCCCGACCACCAACCGAAGGCUCGCGUCCUGCUGGGCGGCUCCACGUCGAUCCCGUGGCUGCUGCCGCACGCGCUCGGAAGCAGCUGCGCGUCCUCGUGCCUCUCCGCCCUGGACCAGGGGCAGCGCGCCGCCGACGCCGCGUGGCAGCACCGAAUGGCCAGCCAGGUGGAGGACAUCCACAGGCGGCUGCUCGGCGCUGCGGAGGCAGCGACGAUGAGGCCGCCCCCGGCCCGCGCGGAGGAGUGGCCCGCGCCGCCCGACGACGCCGACGCUGUCGCGCCUGCGGGCGAGCCCGCGGCCCUCGCGCUGCCGCCGCUCUCUGGCGCCGCGGCGCAGCGGCCGCUGCUCGCGCAGAUCGCGGCCCUGCGGCGAGAGCUGCAGCGGCUGGAGGUGCUGGCCGCGGGCGAGGAGCUCCCGGCCAGGCGCCCUCCUCCGGCCCGGGGCGACAGCUCCGAGAACGUCGCCGCGCUGCUGAGGGCCGAGCUCCACGCCAGCAGUGGCGACUACACGACGCUCGACAGCCUCGAUUACUCGCGCAGGUCCACCUUCCUGCUCAAGGAGGAGGAGGCCGACAUGAUCCAGGACCUUUCCUACCGCCUUGCUGGCUGGCAGGGGGCCACUCACAUGGACGCCUUGAUCAUGUCCAUCGGCCUCGCCCUCUGGGGCCAGCCGCAGCUGCCUUCUCCGUCGCGCCUGCCACCUGGCGGCUGCCGCCAGGGCCCGGGGGGCGGUCUAGGCAUGCACGCGAAACUGCACACCAGGCUGCCGGGCCCGAGAGACGUUGAGCGCCUGGCCGCCGCCGGGGUGCGGCAGAGCGUGGUGUCCGAGCUCACGGACUCGAGCAGCCUCCACGGAGAGGUCAGCAUGAUCGUGUGGUACAGGCAUCGCUUACGUAUUGUUCGACUGCGUCUUUGGCUUUUCCUAGAGGAGCCGUUCGUCGACCUCCGCUCCUCCCUGCUCUCGGGGGCCAUGGUGGCCGUGAUCUUCGCCUCCAUCGCGUGCAGCGUGGCCUACGGGGGCGGGCGGUCUGGCGCCCGUGCGGCAGGGUUCGCCGAGCGAGCGGAUUUCGUCUUCAACCUGAUCUUCUGUGCGGAUCUCCUGGUCCGCGCCUGGGCGUUCCCGCUGCUCAGCAACUUCUUGCGACAUCCCAGAAACGCGAUCGACGCAGCGAGCAUUCUGCCUUUCAUUAUCAACGAGGUCUCGGCACUGCACCGGCGCGUGCCCAGCCUGUCCUUCACGCAGUGGCUCCGCUCCCUCGAG